AUGGAAGAUUUAAGUUCCGCUUCAUACGGAAUACGCUUAAAGAAACUUGAUGACUUAACACCGAUCAACACGACGACAGUUUCGGUUUUUGUCAAUGGAGAUCGCAAAACAAUCAAAGUUACCCGUCCGAGCAAAAUUGCCGCUAUAAAUACCAUCAAUCAAAAUGAAACUGCGACCCAUUUCGGUCUCGUAAUCGAAAACGACUGGACAAUCACUGAUACUUCCAAUAAUAUCAGUCACUAUUCCAUCUUAUUCGCUCAUUCGUUACGCGAUCACGAAACAAAGUUGUCAUAUAUUAAAUUGGAUUUUAUGAAGUCAAUCGAUGACGUUACGCAAAAGAUCAGAUCUGCCAUGGAAGGUGAAAUAAUCUUAUCAUCCUUUCAAAUCAAUGCUUCUUCAAUGUUCAAAGUGAUCGACAUCGCAUCAGAUACCAUCGGAAAAUCGUUUCUCUGGGCACCAUGGAGACGAAAUCUCGUACGAGAUCAUAUUGACAACGUGGAUCAUGUCGAUUGUAAAACGUUCCUCCAAAGUGCUGAAAAACACUUGAACUUUCGUAUUCCUUUCAAGUUUUGGGAAGAUGUGGCUGCAGCGAUCAAAGAAGUUGCUAGAACCCACCCGAAUGUACAGCGAUUCUUUGGAACAAUCGAAAGAUUGGAAAGUAUGAAUGCAAAACAAGUCUUGGAUCUGUGUGAAACGCACGCAACGACUAUCAGUGACAGUUUAACCUUGAAAACAGACGCGAAUUUGAGAAUGUAA